AUGGGAGUAAGAGAAUUUACGAUCCGUCUGUUUAAGAGCGAAGAUCGUUCGAAAACAUACAAACCACUGAUUGAUAUCCUUCCGUGGUGGGCUGUUUUAGUCCUUUUUAUUAUUGCAACAGUAUUAUUUGGUAUUGCUAUCAUUGUGGGUGUCUUUGCAGGCCCAGUCGUAUUGGAUUCACACUAUGUGGAAAUGGAUACAAGAAAGAACACAACAACAAGUUCACGUGGAUCUAUUGAUUUUGUGCCAAGAACAUCAUCACAUUUGAGAUAUGCUCAAUAUACUUUGGAUGGAGAUCAUGAUGAUCUCAAGCCACUUUUCUAUGGUCAAGAACAAGUCUUGGCUACAGCACCAACAACAUUUAGUGCCAUUAAUCAAGAGAUUAAUUUUCUCUGUUAUUUGAAAUCUAAUACUUCAACAUUUUCUGUGGAAUCUGAAAAGGCCUUUGGUUUCCAAAAGUCUAACCUCCAGUUCUUCUUGCAACUUUUUGGUAAGGAUGAAGCUGAUGGUGAUUGGGAGCUUAUUGUGAAUGGUACCUAUUCCAGACCAUUGGUUUGUACUUCCACUAGUGAACUCUGUGAUCCAAUUACACUAUUCUAUGAAUCACAUAUUAGACAUCCAUACUAUCGUAUUGGUGUGAGCUUCCUCAACUCUCGUGAAUUAUAUGAUAAUACUCUUAUUGAUCCACAUUUCGUCAAGAUGGAAUUUGAAAGCUACAAUGCUGCUUAUUCAAAUUGGGAAUUGGGCUGGAGAUAUAGUAUAAUCUUUAUCACUGCUCCACUCUGUAUUGCUUUCAUUAUUGCCAAUAUUAUUAGAAGUCACUUUGUAAAUUGGGCUACUGAACAAAAGUGGAUUGGAUUGUUGCUCAUUUUCCUUGUACUUUACAAUAAUCCUAUUUUUGCAUUGAUUUUCACAGCAGGUAACUGGGCUUUCUCCUUUAUUAAUAUUGUAUUUAUUAUUAGUUUCGUUUGCUUUUUAAUGUUUGUGGUGCUGGUUUUCACUGAUUCUCUUGUCAUUCCACAAAAAGAUAGAUCAUUCCUGUGGUUCUACAUCCCAAAGAUUGUAUUGGUUGGCAUUCUCUUUGUAUUUGUCAUUACUACCUUUACCUACGUCAGACUUCAAGAACAAGAAGAUCCAGGUUACAAUUUGGGAAUUGUUCAAGGACUUUCCUCAUAUCAAACAUUGGGCAUUAUUGUUGUAUUGAUUAUGCUUGUCUACAUCUUUGUUCUUAUUUAUUAUUUGAUGAGAGUUAUUGAAAAGCACAGAAUGAACUUGUUACCAAAGAGAAAUGCUUGGCGUAGUAAGGUUAUUUGGUUCUUGACCAUUACAAUGGUUAUUGGUACUAUUGUGGAAAUCUUCCUCUACGUUUUCAGUAAGGAUUGGAAUAGCUCUGCUCAAUUCUUGUCCUACUUUAUGUUCUACAGUUUGUACGUUUGGCUCAUUACCAUUCUCUAUUGGCCAAGCUUUACUGCCGUUCAACAAGAAGAAUUCGACGAAGAAAAUAACACCCAAGCCAAAGAAGAUGAUUACUUUGAUGAAAUGGAUGAAUAA